AUGAUACUGGGACUAGUUCGUUAUCAAUCUACAAUCAGCAAGCAUCUUAUUACACAGGAGAAAUUCAAGCAAUGUAUGGGAAAGAUAGCUAACCAGGCCAUGAUUCUAUCGGCUGCCAGCGAGAAGACGAUACCCCACAAGGACUUUCGAGGGCUUACACUAUCUUCAGUCACCUCUCUAUCGCUAAAACCUCAGCCAAUGAUCCAGUUCAAUCUUCAAUUGCCCUCUUUUACGUCAGAAGCACUACAUGAAACUAGAUUCUUCGCCGUGCAUCUUUUAAAACCUAAUUUGACAUCAAUUAAACUGGCUAGGAAUUUCAGCAAAGGAGCAAUUAGAAAUGAAAAGGAUGCUACAUUUUCACCUACGAGGCCAUUUGAAGAUCUGAUCGAAAAAGUUCACUACGAUACGUACAAGAUUCAAGGAACAGAUCUUAUAAUUCCACUAUUGAAAAAUUCUGAAAGGGUCUUAAUCUGUGAGAAGAAAAAUGUCUUUCAGGUCGGAGACCAUGAAAUCUGGGUGGGUCAGGUUGAGGAUAUUGUAGCGAAUGAAGAGAACACUACUGGUGGCUUGCUUUACUGCAACAGGAACUUUCACCUCUUAGGGAAUAAGAUCACACAAUAA